GGCUCUGUCCAGACAGUUGCCACAGGGUCCGUGUGAUCCUCAUGGUGAUCACACACUCUCACACACACCAAAAAUCACCAACAGAGGUUUUUAAGACAGCAUGUGAUGUCACUCCUCCCGCCCAUCACAGACCGAGAUGAGGAACUGACUUAACACAGGAAUUUUUGAGUGUUUCAACAACGACAGGAACUUCCUCCUGUUAAAGAGGUGGAAACAGGAAGUCUUCACUUCACCCAUUCUCUCUUUCCUGUCAUCGAGAAAAACAGGAAGAAGAUUCAAAAAGGAAGUCCUGAAAUCUCGGCUCUCCUCACCCUCACCCUCACCCUCCAUCAUAAAGUUAUUUUUUCCCAAUUUCAUGUUGGACCAUUAAACUGAGAUGUUGUCAGAGCUAAAUGGAACGCUGCCCACUGCAGCUCCAGGUGGUGGAGGAGGAACUGGUGGGUGCCCUCCUGUUGGCAUCCAGCUGGAGGGUUUGAUUCUGCCCCCUGUGCUGACCAUUGAUGUGGUGCUGGGGCUGCUGGGUAACCUGGUGGCUCUGUGGAUCUUCUGCUUCAAGCUGAAGACCUGGAACCCCAACACCUUGUUCCUCUUCAACCUAGUCAUCGCAGACUUCCUGGCCCUAGUCAGUCUGCCUCUGAGGAUCGAUGCCUUGCUCCGGCGCCACUGGGUGUUUGGUGACGGCCUGUGUCGCAUCAACCUCUUCCUGAUGUUCUCUAACCGCACGGCCAGCAUCGCUCUCAUGACCGUGGUGGCUAUCUACAGAUACUUUAAGGUGGUCCACCCUCACCACCGUUUCAACGCCAUGACCAAGCGUCAGGCGGCGCUGGUGUCGGUUUUUGUGUGGCUGCUGGUCAUCAGUCCUCGUGUUCCCAUGUUGGCCUACAGCCACAUCAAAGGCAGCGGGAACAGAACCCAGUGUUUCUUCUUUACGUCCUACAAGGAGGCGUCGCGGGCCAUCAUCAUCCUGGUGGGAAUGCACCGCAUUCUGACGGUGCUGGAGUUUGUGAUCCCCCUCGCCAUGCUGACCUUCUGCUCCGUCCGGAUAUCGUGCUUCCUGAAGCAGAGGCAGAUGGGGAAACCUGAAAAGAUUCGUAAGGCCAUGCGGGUGUGCACCGCCAUUGUAGUCGUGUUCUUGGUCUGUUUCCUGCCCACCACUGUGACCACCAUUGGUGUUUGGGUGGUGCGUACCUACCGGCCGUGGGACUGCUCCGCCUUCUACACAUUCACUCAGCUCACCAUCGUCUCCCUGGGGCUGAACUUCCUGAACUCGGCUCUGGACCCCAUCAUCUACGUCUUCUCCAGCUCCAUGUUCAGAAAGGCUCUCUGCAGCUCGCUGCCGCCCAGCCUUCGAUGUGGAAAUGAUGCAGCUGCUGAAAACACAUCUACAUCUACAUCUGCAUCUGCGUCAGGAACUCAGACCGUGGAGCUGAGGUCCAUAGGAGUCAGGAGUAGGAAUGAGGCCAUGUGACCUUGACCUGUGUCAGAACAGGAGCAUCAUGAAUAAAAGUAUUAGAUACAAGUAGGACUUAUAUGACCAUUUUGACACUGAUGAUAUGGGACACGAUACAUGAGCGCCCCCUGCUCCUUUGGUAAAUUUUAGCGUAAAUGUUUUUGUAACCAUGUAAAAACAAGUUGUUUUUAAUAUUGUUUUAUGUGUUAUUUUGAGGUCUUUCUUUUUUUUUUCUUUUUUUUUUUGCUUACCUUGAGCUGAGUCUGUGCUAACACUGAUCUGCUCUUUGUGGAAUAAAACCUUAACAUUUUCUCCUCGGGAUAAAAACAAACAAGUGAUUGCUAAACAGGUUUUGAUUUCCAUCCAAGUCUAUAAUGUUGCUGUGUUUUGGACUUUAACUUUUGGAACAGUGAAGUGAAGAGACUUGGCUCCUGUUCUCUGUGUUCAAUGCCAGAGCUGAUCCUGGUCCCUGUCCUGGACCUGGACCUGGUCCUGGUCCUGCUGCUGCUUCUGCUGGCUGUCAAAGACAUCAUUGUUGUUUGUUGAAGACUCCCCAGAUGCCAACGGCUGUGUGCCAGAGCUGUUUGAUGCCACUGCACGGCGACCGUGCCAGUGUUUGGUCUCCAAACAUCAUUGGAUCACAGGGACAGGAGGACAUGGGGCAUCACGCAGAGAUGAGAGGCCAGAUCAUCACUGAGGUUUGAGAAGACCAGGCUUCAUGCCAGAGUGACCGGACUGACCUUAGCUGAAACACACUGACACCAUCACUAUCACUGUUUUACUACCAUUUACUACCAUUGUUGUGGUCAACAUUAUCUUCACCAUAGUCAUCAUCAUCAGUGGCAGCUUCAGUGAAAUCAUACAUUAAAUUAAUAUUGAUAUCAUUAUCAGCCAUUACUAUAAUUGUUAUAA